AGAGGCUGUGAGACUCACACUCACCCAAAACACAUACUACUAAGAGAGGAAGUAGUCAAGUAGCCUGCUUAUAUCACCAACAGAACUGGAGUAUACAUCCUCCCCCACAUACAAACACACAGACUCACACACUCGAUGCUUUGUCACACUCUUUGUCAUGCACUACCUCUCGGUACCUUUCUCUCUUCGACAGCAACAGAAACUCACUCAGAUACACUGAACAAACACACUCCACCACUUUAUACACCAACCAUUCGGACAUAGCAGAGGUGCCUGGGAUUGUUGUCCUCAAAAUGCAAAACAAAUCUGAUGUAAAGGCCAUGAUGGCUCGCUUCCAAGCGAGUGGGGCGAGCACUGACGAGACUUCUUCCACACCGGCUGGACGUACCAAACAACCCCUGCAACCCACCCUCUCCUCCAGCACGACCAUACAGACCAAGAAACCUGUCUUGGAGAGCCUCUCAGGCGGUGCGAUAAAUGUUCCUCUUAAAUCCACUUUCCUGAAAAGUACAGUAUCAACUAAAAGUGACACAGAGGCACAUGAACCAAACAAAACUAAAGCCCUGGCUAGCAGGUUUGCAAACCCCGAGGAUGACACCAACAGCAAACCUUUUAUUGUUAAUAAACAGCAGACACCCUUGAAGUCACCUCUUUCACAGGCUCUUGAAGCUAAAGGCCCAGUACAGAAGCCCCCUCUCAAAAAGCCCCCUCUCAGCUCCACCCUGUCCGAGUCCAAACCUGCCUUUCCUACUAAACUCUCUCCAGCAGUCAGCUCCAAGCCCAGCUGGGUGAAAGAAGACAGUGGUGGGGGUGUAACCGGCUCCACACCUCCCAAAAUGCCUCCUUUACAACAAAAACCGAGCAGCAGCAUUAUAAAAUUACGUCAGCAAAAUGAAGAGAUUAUAGGAGCUAACGCGGACACCACGAACAAACCUCCACCUCCGGCAAACGCCACUUUUAAGCCCCCCUCCAACUUCAAGACAUCUCAGAACAUCUUCAACAAGGAGAAGGAUAAGACUGAGCAGUCAGAUAGUGGCGUGAAAGCAGACGGAGUCAACAAACCUCCCCUCAAUGCUACUAACUCCAUCUUACCUCCGAAACCUCCAGCCAAUAAAAAACCUAGCUUGAAGAAGCCGCCAAAGACUCCUCAGACCAGCAGCGUUAACGGUGAUGCCACUUCUGGCCCGAAGCUUAACCCCCUCCCCAACAGUUUAGCUUUGGGCCCAGCUCCUGCCAAGCCCAACCGACCCCCCAAGGUCAACCUGGAGAACUUUAAAAGAGUUGCUGAGGCCUCUGAUGAUGGUCCUGGCACCUUUAAGAAAUCCGUCAUGCCAACUCCUCUGGCCUCUCAGACCAGUAACCACAGCAGCCAUGUGACUGCGACUCAACCCUCUCAGACUGCACUUCCUAGUCUGCCCCCACGACAUCCUGGAACCAUGAUCCAGGAAGAUGAGUUCUAUGAUGAUGUUGAUAAAUUCACCAGCUCUCCUCCACCUCUACCACCAUCUACAGGUCACCCGAGUCAGAGGGCAAAGGAGGAAAAUGAUGAUGAUGGAGAGAUGUAUGAGGACCUUGAUGAACGAUGGGAAGCGGCUGAGCAAAAACAAGAAAAGAUGAAAGAGAAAGACGAGAAGGAGGAGAAAAAACGACUGGAGGCUGAGAAGAAGGAGCAGAAGGAACGUGAGAAGAAGGAACAAGAUGCCAGAAAGAAAUUCAAAUUGGUUGGCCCCCUGGAGGUCAUCCACCAAGGGAAGGCUCGUGUGGAUUACCGAGGCAGUAAGACCGACCUUGCUCUGAAGCAGGGAGACAGCCUGGACAUCAUCCGUGUCCAGGGCAACCCAGAGGGAAAAUGGUUGGGACGGUCCCAGGAUGGAGCCAUUGGUUAUGUGAAGACCACUUCAGUGGAAAUUGACUUUGACACCCUGAAGAAUCAUAAGACUCAGCCGGCAUACGACCCUGAGGUAUACGAUGACAUCGAUGUGGCCUCUCCUGAUAACAGUGGGAUCAAAGGACCAGGAGUUGUCCUACCCCCACUACCAGGAGAUGGAGGAGAGAUAUAUGAUGAUAUUAUUGAUCCAAACCUGGAAGUCAGUCUCCUGGACCCCAGGUCUUCUCUUAUGAAGCCUCGUGGCUUCCUAUGGAUGUUUGACCGGAACAGACGUCCUGCCAGCACUAAAGUAGUGCCUCCACCCAGCCAGUUUACUGCAGACGGGAAUUCAGAUCAGCCAGGAGCAGCUUUUGAGGAGAUAUACGAUGAUGUUGACUCUCAAAAUUUGCCUCCUGCUCCUCCCCUCAGCAGCCUUCCAGUCCUGAAAGGCAAAAGUAAGACUGAAGAGAUGGAUCCAAAGAAGCAGAAAAAGUUUGAGAAAGAGGAGAAGGACUUCAGGAAAAAGUUUAAAUAUGAAGGGGCGAUACAGGUGCUGUACCAGGUGACCAUUGUCCCGACACUUACUAAUAAGAAGUGGGGUGUGAAAGAGCUUCCGGUCAAAGCAGGCGAAAACCUGGACGUCAUUGUUAAAGCUGUGGAUAACAAACUGAUCUGUCGGAAUGAAGACGGCAAGUUUGGUUAUGUUUCGACCAGCCACAUUGUUAUGGAUGAUGGUGAUAUCUACGAUGAUAUUGGAGAUGAUUGCAUCUAUGACAACGAUUAAAAAAAAACAUCCUGCACUGGGUUUAUUGUUUUACACUGAUAUUGUUAAUGUUAUUUAUUGUGUUUAGUGAUGAUGUACAUUGGGAGCUGCUUUUGGUUAGCCUAAUAAUCAGACUGAAUUGUCAUUUAAUUUUCAUUUCAUUAUUCAUCAUCAAUGUUUGAAUCGCUGAAUAAACUGGACAUGUAGGCGAUGAUUCAGAGAUCUGGAACAAGGUUAGCUUGAAUCCCUAUGAACAAUGUCAUUCUUUUAAAUUUUGUUUCUUCAAAAAAUAACAAAACAAAACUAUUUAAUGUGGUUAUGUUACUUGCAACAUCAGGGUAAAGUGGGAAACAUUUGUUAGAACAACAGUAUUUGCAUAUUUCUGUUUUUAAGUUUUCUUCAUAUAUUCCUCUUUUGGACUGCCUUUAGAAACUCCACAGCACUGUAUUUACUUGUAUGCUUCUACUAGGGCUGAACAAUUAAUUGAAAUAUUAUCAAAAUUAGACGUAAUGUAAUCCAGACGUAAGGCAAUAUACUUGUUUUGGUACAGACCCUAGCAAAAAUCCCAUCAUCAUUUUUAGAUUUUUUUCAGUGAAAAUGAAAUCCAAAAGUUACCAUUCCCACUAAAAUUGUGACUCAUAUCGCAAUCGCAAUAUCUGUCAGAAUAAUCGCAAUGUGCUUUUUUUCUUUGCAUAUUGUUUUGCCCUAGCUUCUACUGUGUUUUGCUAUAUGCUAUAUAUUUAAAUGAAAGUUGUAAACAAUACUUGCUAUUUCAUUUUUAAUUAAUGCUCAUGAUAUGAUACUGUAUAUUCCAUUGCUAUCUGUAAAACCAGCUGAAAUUCUAUCAGCUCCUAAGCUAGCAACUGUUUUAGUGCCAAAGUGCCUCUAAAAUGUACAUACAAUUAUAACAUAAUACAAUUUUGGAAAAAAUAUGUGUGUUUGAUUUUUCUCUACACAUCUUAGUUUGUCCUGUAGUUCAAGUAAGAGCAUGUCUGCUGUAGAGAGAAUGCUCCGGUUCCAAAAGUAUAUCUCACAAUAACAUGCACAAUACACUGCUGUGUGUUGAUUGGAGACUUGAGUUAUGUGUGUGCAGGUGCAUGAUGAGUGCACACAUCAUACACUAAAUGAACACCAUUUUAACUGGCUUUUUUCCCCCCAAGUCCAGAAAUCAGUAACAAAGAAACUGCAACUCCUCCAUUAUGACCUUCUCUGUGCAGUUUAUGUGCAAGAAGGGAAUCAUCUAGGCAGCGAAAGGGAACUACAACAACUACUCUCUUGUAGAGCUGAAACGAUUAAUUGAUUAAUUGAUUGGUUGAUCAACUGAAAAAUUUAUCUGCAACUAUUUUGAUAAUCAGUUCCUCUUUUGAGUCACUUUUCAAGCACAAAGGCAAAAUAUUUGCAGCUUCUUAAAUGUGAGUAUUUUCUGCUUUUUCAUGGCUUUUCCGUGUUUUAUAACAUUGUAAACAGAAUCUCUUUUUGGUUUUGGACUGCUGAUCGGACAAAACAAGACAUCUGGGGACAGGAAACUGGGAAAUUGUGAUGGACAUUUGUUUUUGUACAAUUUUCUGACAUUUUAUGAAUUGAAAAAUUAACUGAUUAAGUGAGAAAAGAAGCAGCAGAUUAAUCAAUAAUAAAAAUGAUUGUCAGUUGCA